AUGGAUGGUGUCAAGCUAAACCAAACAAGCGUGGAAUUCCCAUUCACGGCGGGCGCGGAUCUGCAUUCCUCCCUUCAGAUUGUCAACACCGCCACCAAGUCCAGAGCCAUCCGGAUCACUCCAGGGAGAUCAAAGGAGUAUGCGGUUGAGAGGGGGUGCACGAUCCUGCUUCCGCCCAAUGCAUACGUGGAGAAAGGAGUGACAUGCCCGGCCUUCCCCCGCAAGCCCUUCUGGUUCCCCUCCGACUCUUUCACUUUUGAUGCCUUCGCCACAAUCGAAGAGAUGGACGAUGCAGCACCUACAGCAGCCGGAACCCUAGGGAGGCUUCAACUUCCCGUGACUUUCCCCGAAGCGCCUCCUCCUCCUCCUCCUCCUGCUCCUCCUCUUGCGCCUCUUCCGCCGCUUCCCCCUCCGGGUCCUCUCACUCUCGCUCGCAGCGCCAGUGCCGGAAGCCCAGUGGAAUCGAAUGCUGUCAGGGCAGCAUUGGAAGCAACGGAAUCUCUUGCCAAGAAGCUAGCCGAGCGCAACGAGAUGCUCUAUGCCGCCCGGGAGCGAGCCGCACAGCUGGCGGAAGACGUGAAGGUCAGGGAGGACGCUAUCAAGGCCAUGGCGGUUUCCCAUGUAGAAUCUCAGGUGAAUUCUCAGGUGGAGGCGUCGGGGAACUCAUUGUUCCCUGGGUCUCCUCCGAGAGGGGCAGCAGCAGCAGCAGAGGUGACAGCGGCUGCAGCGGUGGUAGCAGAAGCAGCGGAGGAUCGGGAGAAGGUGAAGCAGCGGUUGGAGAAGGCAGAGGAGCGUGCAGAGCAGGCAGUGCGAGAGAGCAAGAGGCUGACUGCAGAGAUAGCACGGCUUAUGGCUGAGAGCCGCAGCAAUCGGCAGCGAUUGGACGAGCUGGAAAUGGAAAGGUCGAGCCAUCGGAGGGAGAAGGCGGCGUGGGAGGGCAGAGAGGCGGAGUGGCGGGAGGAGAAGGGCAGGUGGAGGGAGGAACGGGCGCGGUGGGAGGGGGAGAGGGCGGCCAUGCAGAGACAGAUGAGGGCGCUGAGGGCGGAGAAGGUGGAGCUGGAAGGGAAGUUUGGACAGCUGCACGGGUCGAAAAACGAGAUGGGAGGUAAAGAGGGGGCGGCCAUGCAGCGGCAGAUGCGGGCGCUGAGGGCGGAGAAGGUGGAGCUAAAAGGGAAGUUUGGACAGCUGCAUGCAGCGUUCUGUUGUGUACGUGGCUUUGGUGGGUCUCUUAAUCAGCAGGGGGGCCUGUCAGAAAAUUCCGACCUGUCCACCGUCACAGAUGACUGUGAUUCCUCCGACGCUGACUCAGCAUUGAGCAGCGCGCAUGCCACGUCAGCGGAGUCUGGAGUCCGGUCUGUGGAUCAGUCAGGGGAGUUGACAGAGUCAACGGGGUCAAACGAAGUCAAGGAGCAGUCUAGGGGGAGGGUGGGAGAGAAACCGCAGAAGAAAGAGCACGGGCAGGGUGAGGGCGAGGAGCAACAGGAAGAGCAGGAACAGGGGAGGGAUGGGGAGACAGGUGAAGUAAGGAAGUCAGUGGCAGGGGUUCGGUGGGAUAUGCUGCGGUUGGCUGCAAGGCACAAGCAGGCUAUGAGGGAGGUGGAAGAGGAGUUAAAGGAGAAAGAUGAGAAGAUUAGAGACCUUGGAAUGGCGAUUU